AUGAGGAGAUGGAAGUAUGCAAUAGUUCUGGACGCUGGAUCGUCCGGAACGAGGGCACAUAUCUACCGAUGGGCCAAGAAAGGGCAUAAAGAUGUUGGCAGUAAGGACCUAGCAAAGCUGCCACACAUCGAAACUACCAAGGAAUGGACGAAGAAGAUAAAGCCUGGAGUUUCGUCUUUUUCCAAAAAUCCAGAAAACGUCGGCCCAGAUCACCUUCACAAGCUUCUCAAACAUGUGCGCACCAUAAUACCUCAUAAAGAGGUCGAGGACACGCCAAUAUUCCUCCUUGCGACGGCGGGUAUGCGAUUGUUGCCGGAGAACGAACAGAAAGCGAUCCUGAAGAAUGUAUGCUCCUACAUUAGCGACAACUCCGAGUUUCUUUUACCAGACUGUGAUGCCCAUAUAAAAGUCAUUGACGGGAAGACGGAAGGACUCUAUGGCUGGAUAGCAACAAACUACCUUCUCGGCGGCUUCGACGAGCCAAAGGCCCAUGAUCAUGGUAAGGGCCAUCAUACUUACGGUUUUCUGGAUAUGGGUGGUGCUUCCGCGCAGCUAGCGUUUGCGCCAAAUUCGACGGAGGCAGAAAAGCAUGCGAAUGACUUGACACUAUUGCGCCUGAGGACGCUUAAUGGGCAGUCUGAUGAGUACGGCGUCUUUGUCACUUCUUGGCUAGGAUUUGGUGUUCGGCAGGCGAGAUCCCGCUAUGUAAAAGCUCUCCUGAAAGGAGCGCCUGAAGACAUAGUUAACAGACGGCACCCUGAUCCUUGUCUCCCCGACGGUUUGCGCACAACCCUAGAAGGAACCGUUCUUCCUCAUGAUGGCCCAGUACCCGGCACGGAUCCGUACCUGGUAGGAAGUGGAAAGUUCGAAGAGUGCCUGCGCGAAACAAUCCCCUUGCUUGCCAAAGACACUCCGUGCGAGGAUGAACCCUGUUUGCUGAACGGCGUGCACGUCCCUGCAAUUGACUUUGACGUCAAUCACUUUGUCGGCAUAAGCGAGUAUUGGCAUACCACUCAUGAAAUAUUCGAGAUGAGCCACCAAGACAAGGCUUAUGACUUCAAAACAUACCAGAUGCGUGUCAAUGAGUUUUGCUCAACUCCCUGGAGUGCCAUCAAGGACGGCAUUGAACAAAAGAAAUGGGGGAAAGUUGACCAGGAAACCGCCUACGAGGUCUGCUUCAAGGCGGCCUGGAUAAUCAAUAUCCUUCAUGACGGCAUUGGUAUACCGCGCGUUGGACUCGAAGCUUCCACCAACAAUACUAAUAGCGCUACUGAAGAACUCGGUGAGCACGGCAAAGACGGCCAAGGCAAAGCCUAUCUAGAUCCGUUCCAAGCUGUGGACAAAAUCAAUGCCACUGAAGUGAGCUGGACCUUAGGAAAAGCCGUCCUAUACGCAUCAUCGCAAGUCCCUGCAGCUAAGGGAAGUUUACCUGUCGGGUUUGGUAGCAAUACGCCCGGCAAGGUCCCGGAUGACUUCGAAUUCCCCAGUUCAAACCAGCCUCAUAAAAUCCCUUCACCACCUAACAACUCCGGCAAAAACGGGACAAGCGAACACUGGCAUGACAACUUAUUCGAUGGAGACUCACCUCGCCGCAUCCCUGGUUUAUUUAUUUUCGCCCUCAUAGUUUUAAUCGUUCUAUUUUUCCUUCUCGGUCGAGAACGUCGUUCUCGCAUCUACCAUAAACUAGGCGCGCGUUUCGGACGUGGUGGUAACAAUGGAGGCGGCUUGAGAAGGAGAUCCCCUUUCUUUAGGGGAAAAAUACCCUUCCUCUCUAGGCGGGGCCCUGGAAUCUCCUACGAACGCGUGCUCGAGGAAGGUGAUCAUCGAGACUUUGAGCUCAGCAGCAUGGACUCGGAUGAAGAUUCUCCGGCUUCUUCUUCCUCGUCGCCAACUUCAGGUGCCGCGGGAACUCGACCUCUGUCCCGGACGCCUCACAGCCAAAGCCCCAAAUAUAACCUCGACAAUUCAUCUUCGCUCAGCGUUGCGAGCCUUAAUAAUUCCCUGGACAGACGCGGACUUGUUAUCAGAACCGAGAGUAGGGAUAGGCUAUUUGCUCCUGCUCUCGCGCCGACAACCGUCGGUCGAAGGUCCCGUGCAACUAGCCCCAAUCGACUUUCUACGCCCCUUACGAACUCUUAA